CUCUGGAUAGAAGUUGAAUUCCCCAGCAAGCACAUUCCGGCCACCAACGGAAGCCACGGCAAUUGGAAAUGCCCCAGGCUGCCAAAUGUGGGCGACAGGGGUAAUGGCGCGCUUUAUGGCGGCUGUCCUCUUAGGGUAGGACUGUUGGGGACGCCACUGCGUUGCUGCUUCGCUUCUUUGGCGGGGAAGGAGGGCCAGGCCGUGUGGCCGCCGGGGUCUCUUCCUUCGCCGCUGCCUGGCAGCAACAACCAAGCCAGGCUCUCGACAUCAACAUGUCCGUCGUCUUUUCCUCCCUGCUGGCUUCUUAGCGGACGCCUCCUCCUUUCCCCGGCAGGACCCGCCCGCGGUGCGGCCUGUUCCCUCCCUCCUGGGGGAGCAGCCGGCGGCAGCAGAGCGGGAAAAGGGGAGGGUCCAGAGCGCUCGACGGGCGCACUAAGCCGGGCACCGAGCGAGCCUGGCGGCGGCCGCAACGUACCGAAAGAGCCUCCUGCCGGCUAGGCUGCGGCAUGUCUGAGCCUGGCGCGGCCGGGCCGGGAGGCACCGCUACGUCCGCUACAGCAGCCGCAGUAGGGAGUAGCGGCGGCGCCGGAGGGCUGCAACAGGGGUCCCCGGCCGCCGGAGGCUUGGCCGCUUGCGGACCUGCCCGCGCUGUUAUCGCUGCAGCCGCCGCUGCUACUGCUGACAGCCCAGCAGCAGCGGGAGGAGGAGGCGGUGGCGGUAGUGGCGGCGGGGCCCCUGGCUCGGCUCGCAUCGUGGGGAAGAAAGCGCAGCUCCGCUCCGCACCCCGCGCCAAGAAGCUAGAGAAGCUGGGCGUCUACUCUGCCUGCAAGGCUGAGGAAUCUUGUAAAUGUAAUGGCUGGAAAAACCCCAAUCCACCUCCCACUCCACCCAGGGCAGAUCUGCAGCAGGCAGUUGUGAGUCUUAUCGAACCGUGCCGUAGCUGUAAUCAUGCACUAGCGGCUCACGUUUCCCAUUUGGAGAAUGUCUCAGAAGAAGAAAUGAACAGGCUGUUGGGGAUUGUGCUGGAUGUUGAGUAUCUCUUCACCUGUGUUCACAAAGAAGAAGAUGCAGACACCAAGCAAGUCUACUUCUACUUGUUCAAGCUUUUGAGGAAGUGUAUAUUACAGAUGGGAAAACCUGUUGUAGAAGGAUCUUUGGAAAGCCCCCCGUUUGAGAAGCCUAGUAUUGAACAGGGAGUUAAUAAUUUUGUGCAGUACAAAUUUAGCCACCUACCAUCAAAAGAGAGACAAACAAUAGUAGAGCUGGCUAAAAUGUUUCUAAAUCGCAUCAACUACUGGCACCUGGAGACACCUUCCCAGCGAAGACAGAGGUCACCUAAUGAUGACAUUGCUAGCUAUAAAGUGAACUACACAAGGUGGUUGUGUUACUGCAAUGUCCCCCAGUUUUGUGACAGUCUACCUCGAUAUGAAACCACACAGGUUUUUGGGAGAACACUGCUGCGUUCAGUCUUUACCGUCAUGAGAAGGCAACUUCUAGAACAUGCAAGACAGGAAAAAGACAAACUUCCUCCUGAGAAACGGACGCUAAUCCUCACACAUUUUCCAAAGUUCCUAUCCAUGCUUGAGGAAGAGGUGUAUAGUCAAAGUUCUCCUAUCUGGGAUUCAGAUUUCAUAACCACCUCUUCUCGAAGUGGCCAGCUAGGCAUCGAGACAGCUAUUAGCCGUCCUCCUGUGGUAAGGUCUGUUUCAUGUAGUGCAAGCCCCUCAUCUCUAGAGCAAUCCAGUGUUGGAAGUAUGAGUCCUGCUUGCAAGACUGCUUCUGGACUGGACCCAAACCUAGGAGAGAAGAGAAAAAUCAAUGAGCCCUAUUCUGUGGAGGAUGCUAAGAAGCCAAAAGUUGUAGGAGACAUUCCUAUUGAACUAAUCAAUGAAGUGAUGUCAACCAUUACUGAUCCAGCUGCAAUGCUUGGUCCAGAGCAGACUAAUUUUCUAUCAGCACACUCAGCCCGGGAUGAAGCAGCAAGGCUGGAAGAGCGCAGGGGAGUGAUUGAAUUUCACGUAGUUGGAAAUUCCCUAAAUCAAAAGCCAAAUAAGAAAAUUAUGAUGUGGCUGGUUGGCUUACAGAACGUAUUCUCACAUCAGCUACCCAGAAUGCCAAAAGAGUAUAUCACACGUCUAGUUUUUGAUCCGAAACACAAGACCCUUGCAUUAAUAAAAGAUGGCCGUGUGAUUGGUGGCAUCUGUUUCCGGAUGUUCCCGUCUCAAGGAUUCACAGAAAUAGUUUUCUGUGCUGUGACUUCUAAUGAACAAGUCAAGGGAUAUGGAACUCACCUAAUGAAUCAUCUGAAAGAGUAUCAUAUUAAGCAUAAUAUUCUCAACUUCCUUACAUAUGCGGAUGAAUAUGCAAUUGGCUACUUCAAGAAACAAGGAUUUUCUAAAGAUAUAAAAGUACCCAAAGCAAAAUAUGUUGGCUAUAUCAAGGAUUACGAAGGAGCAACUUUAAUGGGAUGUGAAUUAAAUCCAAGGAUUCCUUACACUGAAUUCUCAGUCAUCAUUAAGAAGCAGAAAGAGAUUAUUAAAAAGUUGAUUGAAAGGAAGCAAGCUCAAAUUCGGAAAGUUUAUCCUGGCCUUUCUUGCUUCAAAGAUGGUGUACGGCAAAUUCCCAUAGAAAGCAUUCCUGGAAUUAGAGAGACUGGUUGGAAACCAAGCAGUAAAGAGAAAGGUAAAGAACCCAAAGAUCCAGAUCAGCUUUACAGCACACUAAAAAACAUUCUGCAGCAGGUCAAGAGCCAUCAAAGCGCUUGGCCAUUCAUGGAACCAGUGAAGAGAACAGAAGCUCCAGGAUACUAUGAAGUUAUAAGGUUUCCAAUGGAUCUGAAAACUAUGAGUGAGCGACUUAAGAACAGGUACUACGUGUCUAAGAAGUUAUUCAUGGCAGAUUUGCAGCGAGUCUUUACUAACUGCAGAGAGUACAACCCUCCUGAAAGUGAAUACUACAAGUGUGCCAAUAUACUGGAGAAAUUCUUCUACACAAAAAUUAAGGAAGCUGGGUUAAUUGACAAGUAAUCAGUCUUUCUGUCAUGCAAUCAAGAUGCCUAAUUUAAGAGCAGAAUAUGCAGUUGAUCUUUCAAUGAAAUUGGAACAUGUGUUUUAUUUUUUUUAUUUACUAGCACUUUUAAAUCAUGUAAUAUAGAAGAGUUUAUUUUAUUAAAGUCUUUUUAAAUGUACACUUGCAUGCCCUUUUGCAGUGUAUUCAAUAAUACAUUUUUAUUAGAGGUAUUGCACAAACUGUUUGGAGAUUUAGAAAGGGAAAUUUUCCGAGCAGUGAAUGUUUAAGCUUAAUGUAAUGCAGUAUAAAAUUGUAAAAUAGCUUUUUAUUUUUUACAACAGAUGCUAAUGAAGGGGAAAAUGAGUUUUAUAUAUAUUUUAAUGAAACACUCAACUAAGAAGGUGCUAUGAAAGGAUGAGAAAGAACUUCUCUAAGCUAUGAAAAUACCUAAAUAGGUUCAAACUUCCUCUAUGAAUUUGGUUUUUAAUAUAAGUAUUUGCAAAGAAAAUCUGACUAAAUAUGUAGCAUCAUCUGACUUUUUCUAUGUAGGUCAUGUUUCCAAAAUACCUGUGGUAGUCACAGACCAUUCUUUUUAGUCUUUUGUAGAACCAACCAAAACAUACUUCAAAUGAACCAUCAUCUUUUCUACCAUUACUCCCCAAUCCAAAAAUUGCAUUGUCUGCUUAAGGUUUUUAUCUACCAUUAUCCCUGAAAAGCCACUCUGCCCUCAAAGUCACACUUGGUGCUGCAAUGCGUGGGUGAAAAGGAUCCGUCCCACUUUUCACAUACAUAGGCUAGCAUGAGAUGGCAUAAGUAACAUGAUUGAUACACAUCUGAAACAAAUGCGCAUGCAAUUUACAUGUGCAUUUAACCAGCACAUAUGACCUUUUACUGUCCCUACACAAUGGUAAUUCCUCUCCAGGUGCUAGUACAAACAACUUUCUUCUGAGUGAUCAUUUUUUGUGGUGUGCAGCACUCUCUGGAUCAGAACUGUAGGUGAUACCUGCAAAGGUUUUAUGAAACUUCAUAAAAGUAGUGUUGAGCACACCCUUCUCUCUGUGUGUUAAAUAGGGACUUCUGUUUUAUACACUAUUACAUUAAACUAGAUUUUCAUCCAAAGUUUUGUAACAAAAACACUUAUUGGAACAUUACUAAUCAUUACAUCCGUAUUUCGGCUCCUUACACUAUACAUUGGGAGUUACACUUUCACUCAUGUAAGUGGUGGUAGAUGUGAGGGGAAGAAAAUGCUCACCAGCCACUCAGUUCUGUUAUAACAUGAGCUGGCAGCAACUAUCUUACAACACAGGGAAGAAGAAGAAAAUGUUUUAAUAUUUUAUUUCUUUCCCCUAAUUUAUUCAGUGGCAUUAGAGAACUAGUUUCAUUGUUUUUAUAUGUGCUGAAAUAUAUCACUAGUAAAACUGAUGUAGAAAAACAGCAAACGGAAUUACAACAAAUUAAUUUUCUUCCCAAAAUAGUGUUUGUUCUAAGAUUAGAUUAUCCUUGGUAGAAGGUAAUGGUACAAAAGAUAGUCAGAAUGGUAACAUAGAAAUGCCUUAGUGCUUUAAUAUAAAAAUCUGAUUUAUUUAGCUUUGUAUUUAAGGUACAAUGAUGCAACUGUGUGUUAGAGUAUUUAAGUAGUAAUUUUCAAGUAUUUUGUAAACUGGGCCAACAGAAUCACCUCUUAAGCUUGAUAUCCUGUGAAAGUGUUAUUUUCAAAGAUUCUUAUUGUCUUGAAAUUAGAGUCUCUUCUAUACUGAGAACAUUUGGUUUCUAAUUUAAAGAUUAUUUUCAUAGAUAUUGUGCAAUAAAGCUAUAUAGUACGACGUGUUUUAAAAAUACUUUAAAUGAAAUUCUACAUUUGUAAAAUUAUUUAUUGUUCUGGUAUAAAAUAGUUUUAAAUUAUAUGUAUAAAAUUAAUCUUGUGUGCUAUUUCGUACUUUGCA